UCAGGUUAUAACACGAUUCUGAUGAACAGACUGAAUCAAUAGAGAUUUUUAAGUUUUCAAGUGGCAACAAUUAAAUAAUUACAUAUACGUUUUGUAGUCGAGUAAAUUGUUAUUAAUUAUUCUUAUUACACGUAAUGUAAUAUGAAAUGAAUUAAGAUUUUAUUAAAGUAAAACUAAAUACAUACAUAUCUAAAAGAAAAUCUUCUUUUCUUUUGUUUUAUGAAAUAUGAUCAUGAAUAGGUUACGACCGUGCUUUAAAAAUCUUAUGAAUGUAACAUCUGCGAAUUAUCAAGAUUGUAGACACAUCAAACGAUGGGUUGCACCAACUGAACGAGAAAUAUGUAACAGAAAAAGGAGAUUACCUAAAGAGCAACCAAAACGUAGUACUUUCCUUGAGUGGAACAGAGAUGCAGAGUUAUAUGCAUUUAAUCAAAGGCUCUCUGAAAAUUUUAAAAUAGAUAAAUUAAAUCAAGCAUUCAUUCAUAAAUCAUAUAUUUUUCUGGAAGAAAAAAAACAAGAAGAAAUGGGAGUGAUUGACCCUAAACUCGAAAUUCAGCACAAUGAAGGUUUAAUCGAAGUAGGAAGAGAAAUAACUUCAAAGGUUGUUGUAAAUUAUUUAACUAAAUCUUUCCCACGUGUACCUGCAUCUGGUAUCAUGGCUUUCCAUGACUACCUUAUGUCUCAAAAAAUUUUGGCUGAAGCAUCAUUACAUAUUGGGACAAAAGAUAUUAUUCUGAGUGGUGAACACCCCGUAACACAAGAAACAGUAGCCAAGACAUUUCUAGCUCUAGUGGGAGCACUCACCGAAAGUACUGAUACCAAACAUGUAGGUGCUUUUGUUCGAGAUUUUCUGAUAGUUGGAUUAGCUACUAAAGAUUUAACAGAGAUUUGGUGCCCGUCUGAACCAUUUGAAAUGCUGAAUAGUAUAAUCUAUAAAGAAAAAAACUCACCUGUGGAACCUAGAAUUAUUGGACAAGCUGGGAAAAAUACUAUUCUAUCAGCUUAUCAAGUUGCAGUCUACUGUAAUAAACAAUUCUUAGGUUCAGGAUUUGGUCAAGAUAUUGCAGAAGCAAGAAAUGUGGCUGCCAUGAAUGCAUUAUGUAAAAUGUUUGGUUUAUUAGAUUCAAGUCAACCAUUACGAUUUGAUCAAGAAGUAGAUUUUUCGAUGUAAUAAACGCUGUACAUGAAAAUAUUAUAACCUUAAGUAUUAAAAUGAAUGUGAAGCUAUGUACAUGUAUAAAAGUAA